AUGGUUCUACCAUAUUUUCCAAGAUCGAUCUUAGAAGUGGCUACCAUCAAAUGCGAAUUAGAGAAGGAGAUGAAUGGAAGACUGCUUUCAAAACUAAGCAAGGAUUAUAUGAAUGGAUGGUCAUGCCUUUUGGGCUAUGCAAUGCGCCAAGUUCAUUUCAUGAGGCUCAUGAACGAGGUACUUCGACCCUUCUUUAAUAAGUUCAUUGUCGUUUACCUUGAUGAUAUAUUAGUCUAUAGUCGAGAUAAUAUUGAGCAUAUUGAUCAUUUUAGAAGAUUAUUUGAAACCUUAAGAGAACAACAACUAUAUGGCAAACUUGAAAAGUGCUCAUUCAUGGUUCCAAGUAUUUCUUUUCUUGGUUAUAUUAUUUCGGGAAAGGGUAUUGAAGUGGAUCCCGAAAAGGUGGCUGCUAUUUUUACUUGGGUGGCGCCUAAAAACAUUCCUGAAGCACGUAGUUUUCAUGGUCUUGCAUCGUUCUAUAAAAGGUUCAUUAGAAAAUUUUCUAGUAUCAUGGCACCUUUCACGGAACUGAUGAAGAAAGGGGAUUUUGUGUGGACUAAUUCGGCGCAACAAGCAUUUGAGACAAUCAAGGAAAGACUAUGCAAUACACCGGUUCUAGCUUUGCCUAACUUUGAUAAAUUGUUUGAGGUUGAAUGUGAUGCAAGUGGAGUAGGUAUAGGUGCGGUUCUAAGUGCUUUAGAUCAUUGGUCUCAUUACUUAAGACCAAAACCUUUUGUGCUACAUUCGGAUCAUGAAGCUUUGAAGUAUAUCCAUGGACAACAAAAGUUGAAUUAUAGACAUGCCAAGUGGGUUGAGUUCCUACAAUCUUUUACGUUUUCUUCAAAGUACAAGGAAGGCAAGGCGAAUGUGGUUGUCGAUGCACUAUCAAGGAGAUCUUAUUUGCUAGCCAUGGUGGAUGCUAGGAUCAUUGGUUUUGACCAUAUACUUGAUUUAUAUGCAACAUGUCCGGAUUUGGCAAAAGAAGAAGUGCAUAGUGGUGCAAUUGCGGGGCACUUUGGUGUUCACAAAACAGUUGAUAUGCUUAGUGAAUAUUUCUAUUGGCCAAAGAUGAUCAAGGAUGUUCAAAGUGUGAUUUCAAGAUGUACUACUUGUCAAAAGGCAAAGAGUUUUUUUUUCAAAGGGCUUAUAUACACCUCUUCCAGUUCCAGAUUUCCUUGGGAUAGUGUUAGCAUGGACUUCAUUGUUGGACUACCACGAACUCAAAGAGGGAAGGAUGCUAUUAUGGUUGUAGUUGAUAGAUUCUCAAAGAUGGCUCACUUUUUUCCAAUGCACAAGACAGAUGAUGCGCAACAUGUAGCUAAUCUAUACUUCAAGGAAAUUGUUCGACUUCAUGGAGUUCCUAGAAGCAUAGUUUCGGAUAGGGACUCAAAGUUCCUUAGUCACUUUUGGAAGUGUUUGUGGAAGCUACUUGGAACAAAGCUCAUGUUUAGUACUUCUCAUCAUCCUCAAACAGAUGGUCAAACUGAGGUAACCAAUCGAACCUUAGGUACUUUACUUAGAGGGUUGGUUAGUAAGACUCAAAAGGAUUGGGAUAUGAGACUUUUCCAUGCAGAGUUUGCUUAUAAUCGGUCACCUUCAUCAACUACACAACAAGCUCCAUUUGAAGUUGUUUAUGGUAUUAAUCCGUUCUUGCCUAUUGAUUUGCUUCCAUUAAACAAAGAGGACAUCCAUAUUGAUGCUAAGAAACAGCUUGAAGUUUUUAAGAGGACAUGUGAACAAGUUAAAGCAAAAAUUGAGAAGAUGAAUAACUUGUACAAAGCAAGGUCAAACAAAAAGCGCAAACAACCUACAUUCAAGCCGGGAGAUCUUGUUUGGUUACACUUAAGGAAGAAAGAUUUCCAAGCAAAAGGAAGAACAAGCUCAUGCCUAGAGCCGACGACCCUUUUGAGGUUUUAG